AUGAUGGUCAACAGACAAGAGUCGAUAGAAAGCGAGAAAAUAGACUUAGUUGAAUUCAUUCGAACGACUCCAAAACGUGAAAUAACUUCGGCAGAUUCUUCAGAAAUGGCCAAUGCAGAUCAAAAAAAAGCUGAUGCCUCAGAAACCUCGUCAAACCAGUCCACAAAUGACGGCUCUCGACCUUACAGCCCUUUAAACUCACUUAUAAAGGCUAACGCGGAUAUAAGACCCUUCAAGAAAACGUCAAGCACAUCGAAAUUGAAAACAAAGAAAUUAGCGUCGAUGAAAUUUCACUCAUUAGAUUUAAACAACGACGUGGAAGCGUCAGAAGGGAUAAAAAAUGCCACACAUUCAGGAGAUAUAAUUCAAUUGCCGGUGAUUGAAGGACUUCAGCUUGAUGACAACGAAAAAAACAAAUCAAGAGAAAGUUUGAAGUCGAGUUCCAAAUGCGCAGAAGCACACUUGUUAAAAGACGGCAAUUAG